UGGAGCGUUUAAAUGCUCGGCUCUACUCGGACCUAGCUCGGCCUAGGUCUCCCCCUCCUCCCCUUCGUCACCAUUGGAGUAGGUCUGAGCUGAUCGUCAACCUUCCCGGGUCACAGCCCAGGUUUUAUCUCUCCCUCGCACCUUUUGUACUCAUCCUUUUUUCUCUUCCCAACAAUAAAAAUUCCCGUCUUUCCUCUUUUUUCUAUUCAUCUGUUAUCCCUAAACCGGUUUUCGCGAAACCCAUUUUGGUGACUCUUCCACGUUGCUUUAUUCCCUUCCGGAGAUUUCCUCCGAUGGCCUUUCAACACGAGGUUCUCGUAAUUGAGUUGAAUUCGAGCAAUUGGGCAUGGGGUUUCAUUUCGAUUGCGGUCAACCUUGGGUAUUGGAUCUGAGUUCGUUCGUGUUUGUGCGGGAGUUAGGGUUUUUGACCAAAGUUGUUGCAAAUUUGGGCUAUUCUAAUUCCUGAUUGUUGAAUUCUGUCACCAAUUGAGGGUUUAUCGAACCUUUUCUUUUUUCCCCAAUUUGUAAUUUGUAAUAAAGUUGAGGUUCCGUAAUUUAAUUCUCUUUUCUUAAAAUUUUCUCUGGUGGUUUCAUUUCGUUAUCUUCCUGACGCUGCAUCGUCAGAAUUCGUAAUAAAGUAAGCCUUUUAAAUCUUGGUCAUUGAAAUUGUAAUGGGGGAAGAGACAUCGGACGCGAUGAACCUUGAUUUGAAUCUGGGUCCUGAUCCAGAGCCAACCAACGAAUCCGUCGGCUUAGAGGAUUGGAUUGAAGAGCCUAGGGUUAGCGAAGCAUUUAGACAUAGGACUCGACAGAGGUGGAGAUGGCGGCAUCUUCACAUUAAUCCUCCUGAACCUCAUCGUAGGUUUGUUAUGUUGCCUGAAGCCCAUGAUAUCUCAAUGCGAUUGAAUCAUUUGCUGGCCAACCCUGGUAAUGGAAGUGCGUUACAGGCUGGAGAAGGUAGCGUGGCAGCUGAAGAAAGAGCAGAGGUGGCACCAAAAGCAUGCGAAACAAACAAUGGUGUUAUGGAUGAUGAAGCAUCAGAUAAGAAGGAUGCUGUUGAAAAGGGUAGUGGCAAUGAUGGGAGUUUUUUUGAUUGUAAUAUCUGUUUGGACCUGGCUAGAGAUCCCGUUGUGACUUGCUGUGGUCAUUUGUUUUGUUGGCCAUGUCUCUAUCGGUGGCUACAUGUCCAUUCAGAUGCUAAGGAAUGUCCAGUUUGCAAGGGAGAGGUAACAUUUAAAAAUGUUACACCAAUAUAUGGUCGGGGAAACAAUGUCCGUGAACUUGAGGAAGAUCCCACUCUUAAAGUCCCUGUUAGACCCCAUGCUAGGCGCGUUGAAAGUCUGAGGCAAACAAUUCAUCGAAAUACAUUUACAUUGCCAGUGGAAGAGAUGAUCCGGCGUCUUGGAAGUAGAUUUGAUCUCUCUCGUGAUGUAGGCCAGCCACCUGAGCCUGACGAUGCCCGGGAGGCAGCUGACAGAACCAGCACCUUGUUAAAUAGAUUUUUGACCUCUCGGGCAUUACGGAGAGAGCAUAUUCAUGGGGCACCUGCAGAUGAUGCAGUAGACUUAACUCAAAACAACAUUGGUGGCCAUGAGGUAGGGGAUAACGGCAGGGUCGAGUCCCUUUUACUUCGAAGAACACAGUCACAUAGAACAACACUUUCUUCUCUUUCAUCAGCUCUGAGUUCUGCUGAGAGAUUUGUUGAGGCAUAUAUCCGUCGCCAUUCUAGAAGUAGAAACCAAGAGCAGCCUCCACCGGUGGAUGAUAGAGAUUCCUUUUCAAGUGUUGCUGCAGUUAUACACUCAGAGAGUCAAGUAGACACUGCUGUAGAAAUUGAUUCCAUGGUAUCCUUGUCAACAUCCUCUUCCAGGAGGAGAAAUGAUGCGUCUCGGAUUUCUGAUGUGGAUAGUGGAGAUUCUCGAGCUCCCAGGCGUAGACGUUUGAACUGAUAAAAAUCUUUUUGAUCGUUAUUAUCUUUCCUGUAGUGCACAAUUUUAUAAUAUUCCAACAGCUCUGUAAGUGCUACUUGCCUUUAUAUGGCUUUAUAUUAAUUAAGUAUUCACCUUUUACUUCCACCCUUGAUAGUUGUAAGAUGGUUUUAGAAGCUUCAGAAUUGUCACUCAUAUCUGUUUAAGGAUAGAGCUUUUGGGAGUCAA